CUCGGCUGCGCUCCGAAAUCCCCAGCCCUAGGGCAGCUGGUUGCCCCGGGAACGCCUAGGAGAGGUGGGAGGGACUGGCACGCUGAGAGGAGCUGGGCUCCUGAGGGCCCCACUCUCAGUUUCCUCCACUGAAAAAGAGGUCCACGAGGGCUCCAGGCAGGGGCGCCAAAGGGGGAGCUGCGGCACAAGGAGGGACCAGGGUAGAGCGACCUGGACCGCUCCUUGCCUUUCCCCGGUACGCAGCGGCCCUUUCCACGCCCCCGCCCGCCCAGUCCGCGCCGAGCGCCCCGGGCCGCGCGUGAGUCCCCCGCGGGGGUGCCGGAAUACCGUGCGCAGCGCGCUAUGGAAGCCGCUAACCUCUCGGUAGCCGCCGCCGGCGUCGCCCUUACUCUGGGACCGGAGGCCUGUAGCAGCAGCCCAAGCCCUGGCAAGGUUGUCGGGUCGACCCCAGGCGGCGCCGCUCUGCCCCGCCGAGAACCGCCCGUCUCCGUCUUCUUGGUGCUGGUGGUGACGCUGCUGGUGCUGCUGAUUGCGGCCACUUUCCUGUGGAACCUGUUGGUUUUGGUCACCAUCCUGCGCGUCCGCGCCUUCCAUCGUGUGCCGCAUAACUUGGUGGCCUCGACGGCCGUGUCGGACGUGCUAGUGGCAGCGCUGGUGAUGCCGCUGAGCCUAGUGAGCGAGCUGUCGGACGCGCGGCGUUGGCGGCUGGGCCGGAGCCUGUGCCACGUGUGGACCUCCUUCGACGUGCUGUGCUGCACCGCCAGCAUCUGGAACGUGGCAGCGGUAGCCCUGGACCGCUACUGGACCAUCACGCGCCACCUGCAGUACACGCCGCGCACCCGCAGCCGCGCCUCUGCGCUCAUGAUCGCACUCACCUGGGCGCUCUCUGCGCUCAUCGCCCUGGCUCCCCUGCUCUUUGGCUGGGGAGAGGCCUAUGACGCUGAGCUCCAGCGCUGCCAGGUAAGCCAGGAACCCUCCUACGCCGUCUUCUCCACCUGCGGAGCCUUCUACCUGCCGCUUGGCGUGGUGCUGUUUGUCUACUGGAAGAUCUACAAGGCAGCCAAGUUUCGCUUCGGCCGCGGUCGCAGGGCUGUGCUGCCGUUGCCCGCCACGGUGCAGGUGAGGGAGGCACCUCAUGAGGCUGAGAUGGUGUUCACCGUGCGGCGUCCAACGGUGGCCUUUCAGGUGGGUGGGGACUCGUGGCGGGAGCAGAAGGAGAAGCGGGCGGCCCUGAUGGUGGGCAUUCUCAUCGGCGUGUUUGUGCUGUGCUGGAUCCCCUUCUUCCUGACGGAGCUCAUCAGCCCCCUCUGUGCGUGCAGCCUACCCCCCAUCUGGAAAAGCGUAUUCCUGUGGCUCGGCUACUCCAAUUCUUUCUUCAACCCCCUGAUUUACACAGCGUUUAACAAGAACUACAACAAUGCCUUCAAAAACCUCUUUACCAAGCAGAGAUAAACACAGGGCGUGGAGAGACGUGCACGGAGAGUUGUGGGGAGGGAACUUGGGUCUCUCCCCUAACCAGUCCUCCUGGAGACUUCCUUCCCCCACCACUGAGCAUCAGUGAUGCUGAGAGCCACAGCACUGGGCCUGGACUGGAGAACAGCAGUGCCAAAGGCAGCCCACGUGUGACUUCCAUUCCUGUACGUGUGGCAGACACUGCUAGUCAAUCACGGCGCAUUUCCUCACCGAGCGGGAACUCGGCUUCCGAAUCUGUUCCAGACAGCACUUUAGGCCGUGACUGCUACUGGGUUGGAAUUGACAGAGUCAAAGCUGAUUUGCCUUCCCUUUGUCUAAUACCAUAUUCCUCAGAGAUCUGUGGCCCACGGAGGAGACUGUCUCCUUUGUGGAACAGUCCUUCCGUGACUCUUUAUCAACCCAAUUCAACCCGUUUCCCCAAAAGUAUAUCUCAGUUUGUGGGAUCUAUCUCAAGUUUUGUUUUAAAAAAGUGUUCAGUGAAACCCACAUCUACUGAAUCGGGUUUUCAAAGAAAGAGGUUUGGUAACAUAUAUAAAGUUCUCUGGAGACUUUUUUUUUUGGUCAGUCACAGACUGCUGGAUGCUUAGGUUGUUUUUUAGGUCAAUUAAAUGGGCAUUUCUGGGGAGUGAGACCCAGGCAGCAGUGCUUUUUAAAGUUCCCCAGGUGAUUUCAGUGUGCAGCCACCAUCGAGAACCCCUGGAGAGGUCUUUUCUCCGCUUCUGGACCACACAGAGAGCAGCUGUGAGGAGUUUCCCCACUACUUCACCAUACUGACUUGUAUAUGUCUAAUAAAAAUA